AUCCAGCUGCUCCAGUUCCCCUCAGACCCGGUGCGUGGACCGCUCUGCUCCUCUGGGUCCUCAGGAUCAUGUCUGUCGUCAAAUCCGGAUCAUCUCUGCGGACUCUGCUCCUGACUCCGGAACGGAUCCCGGACUUCCUCGUCCCGUCCCGCAGUCUGCGCCUCAUUUUGUCGCCUCACCGGAGCUCGCCGGACCGGGUCAGACUUCUGUCAGACCGCGAUGAGGACAGUGCGGGAGCCAGUCCCCCGGAAGUCCCGCUCCGCCCCGCGGCCUCCCCCCGGUUGCUGCUCCGCCUGCCGCCAGGGGUCAGAAUCCCGCGUCGCUCCGCCGCAGCAGCGGCAGAGUCCUCGGACAUGGACGUGUCGCUGCCGCACGUGGAGAACGUGACCACGCCCUACGGCUUCCGGGCCGUGCUGGCCAACAGCCCGCGCACGCACCGGAACGAGUCCCUGUUCCACCGGAACCAGCCGCUCAGCGUGACGGUCACAGACUCCGAACAGCUCCCGGUCCCGGUCCCGGUCCCGGUCCAGGCUGGUCCCGGCAGGUCCCGGGUCCGGGCCGUUAAGUCACUCGGUCUGCAGGUGAUGAAGGAGCUGAGGAUUCUCAGUCCCGCCGCCAGGAGGAGCCAGAGAUCAGAGGAUCCAUGAUGCUGAAUGUUUGAGCUCCAUGGUUAGCGCAGACUCUGCCCCCUGGUGACCAGUUUGUGUAAUUUUAUCUUUUACUGUGAUAAUGUAAAAUAAAGUUUAAUGUUAGAACUAA